AUGGAAACAGAUCAAACUAGUCUAAGAAUUCUGAUGUUCCCAUGGUUGGCUCAUGGCCACGUAUUCCCCUAUCUUGAGCUAGCUAAGAAAUUAUCACAAAAAAACUUCCACAUAUACUUUUGUUCUACAGCAAUCAAUCUUAGUUCAAUCAGUAAAACCAUUGAAAAAAACUUCUGGGAUAUCUCGAUAGAACUGAUCGAACUCCAUUUACCAUCAUGGCCUGAUCUUCCUCCUCAUUACCACACAACCAAAAAUGUGCCACCUGAGCUUAUGCCAAAGCUCCUGGAGGCCUUUCAAAUGUCAAGCUCCAGCUUUUCAGACAUUAUCAGUACUCUAAAGCCUGACUUGCUAUUCUAUGAUGUCUUCCAACCAUGGGCUGCAGCACUUGCUUCAUCACUAGGUAUUCCUGCAGUUCAUUUUUCCACUGCAGGAGCAACGCCGUAUUCCUUUGGCCAUCAUCGCUUCACAUAUGGGAAUGCAAAUUUCCCUUAUCCGGCAAUAUAUCUACAGGACUAUGAAAGGAAAGAGACGGAUUUUCAACUGAAUAUUAAAGAUGCAGAUGAAGGUUUUGCUUUUGGAAACUUCAAACGAUCUUGUGACAUUGUUUUAAUGAUGAGCUGCAGGGCGAUUGAGGGGAAAUAUAUUGAUUAUUUAUCUGUCUUGUCCCGGAAAAAAGUAGUACCUGUUGGACCACUUAUUACACAACCUACGAAUGAAGAAGAUGAUUCAGAGAUCUUGCAGUGGCUAAGCAAGAAAAGUCCGUUGUCAACUGUAUAUGUUUCCUUUGGUAGCGAAAACUACUUGUCCAAGGAGCAAAUUGAAGAGAUGGCACUGGGAUUAGAGUUUUGUGAUGUUAACUUUAUAUGGGUCGUUAGAUUUCCUCUUGGGAAUACCAUAAGAAUAGAAGAAACACUGCCAGAGGGAUUUUCUGAGAGGGUGAAAGAUAGAGGUAUGAUUGUACAGGGAUGGGCACCACAGGCUAAAAUUUUGGCACAUCCAAGCAUUGGUGGUUUUGUGAGUCAUUGUGGAUGGAGUUCUAUAGUGGAAAGCAUUCAUUUUGGCAUUCCUGUUAUAGCCAUGCCUUUGAAACUUGACCAACCUCUAAAUGCUAGGCUCGUGGUCGAGGCUGGGGUCAGUGUGGAGGUUGCAAGAGACUAUGAUAGAGAGUUUAAGAGAGGUGAGAUAGCAAAAGCAAUUAAUAAGGUGGUUGUAGAGAAGUCGACUGGAGAAGACAUCAGGUCAAAAGCUAACGAGUUGAGCAAAAAAAUGAAAGAUGAAGAAGAAACAGCAAUGAACGAAACAUCACAGCACCUAUUGCAGCUUUGUACCAAGUAUAAGCAGAAGCAGUGA